UAUAUAUGAACAACUAUCUACUUCUUUCCAAAGAUCAAGAACAUCAGUCGAUCUCUCUCAGAAAAGUGUGUGCUUCAUCCUCAUAGGCACACACAAAAAAUAAAAAUGGCAUCUCCAGCAGUUCGUGAUCAGGACAACCACAACGAUGCAGAAAAUAGUUCGAUAGGUUAUUGUGGCAAGGUGAUGAACAAGGUGGUGGAAUUUCCAAGGAAAUUAAAGAAGCUUGGACAAGAUGAUCCCAGAAGGAUUGUUCAUUCCCUUAAAGUUGGAUUAGCAGUUCUUUUGGUGUCAUUGCUCUAUUACUUCCAGCCUUUCUAUAAUGGUCUUGGUGACACUGCCAUGUGGGCUAUUCUAACUGUGGUGGUUGUCUUCGAAUUUUCAGUAGGAGCAACACUGGGAAGAGGUUUAAACAGGAUCCUGGCGACAUUCCUAGCAGGCGCUCUAGGAUUUGGUGUUCAUCACCUGGCAAAUCUUUCAGGAGAUAUAGCUCAUCCAAUACUCAUCGGCAUCUUCGUCUUUCUACUAGCUGCAUCAGUGACAUUUAUACGCUUCUUUCCGCGGAUGAAGGCGAGAUAUGACUAUGGACUCCUCAUUUUUAUCUUGACAUUCUGUUUGAUAUCGGUAUCGGGGUACCGAGAUGAGGAGAUACUGGAAAUGGCUCACAAGAGGGCGUCCACAAUCCUCAUAGGUGCCUUUAUAGCUGUGUUUGUGUGCGUUUUCAUUUGCCCGGUAUGGGCUGGCGAAGAUCUGCACAACUCAGUAGCCAAGAACAUUGAAAAGCUCGGGAGCUUCUUGGAAGGUUUUGGGGAUGAAUACUUCAAAGUAGUUGGCAGUGGAGAGUCUAAUAUGGCACAUUUGCAAGGAUAUUUUAGUGUUCUCAAUUCAAAACAGAGUGAAGAAACUCAGGCCAAUUUUGCAAGGUGGGAGCCUAGACAUGGAAGGUUUAGGUACCGUCAUCCUUGGAGAUACUAUCUCAAGAUCGGAAACCUCACCCGGCAAUGCGCCUACCGCAUUGAUACCCUCAGUGGUUACCUCAACUCUGAAGUCCAGACACUAUUAAACAUUCAAAACAACCAAGUUCAAGAGCUGUGCAUGAAGAUGAGUUCAGAAUCAGGCAAAGCACUGAAAGAGCUAGCAUGGGCCCUAAAAACAAUGACUGAGCCAUGCUCUGCUGCCAGCUCCCACAUCACAAAAUCAAGAGCUGCGGCCAAUAACCUCAAAUCCAUGCUUAGGACUAAUGCAGCGGCGGUGGCGGGAGUUGGUGGAGAUCAAGUUCGUCUCCUAGACAUCGUGCCAGCUGUGACUGUUGCUUCGCUGCUAAGCGAAAUUGUUGCUUACGCUGAACCAAUUGAGAAGUCUAUUCAGAAACUGGCCUCCCUUCAACAUGUGCAGUUCAAGAGUGCAGAACGAAAAAAACCAACAGCAUUGACGUCAUGUAAAACUUCUUCCAGCAAUGUGGGACCGCAUCAUGUCAUCACCAUGGAUCGACUAGCAUCUCUACAAGUUCAAGAAUCAAACAAGGAAAUCGGAAGCAAGUUUCAAAGAAUUAGGAGCGCCGUUUGAUAAUUGGAUCAACCCCACUUUAAUUUCUUUCUCCUUAUGGAAGAGAGAGAGAGCCAUGUUGGUGUUUUUGUCAAAGCUCUUGCGGCUUCUUGUCAUUGGCUCAUUCUGCCCUUCAUCUGCCUGUAAGUCUGAUUAUGAACUCUUCGCCGCCUUCUCGGACCCCUAGCUGAUCAUUACCUGGGCAUGCUGGCCAUGUCUAGAUGCGCGUAAAUGUCACUCAAACUGGUGGUGAUCUGCGCCACAGUAACUUCUCCGACAUCUGAAAAACGAUGGAGCCUCUAGUGCAGUGUAGUAACUUUCCUAUGUUUCGGUAUGUUUGGAUAUUAACGAUGGAAGUUUUUUUAUGCUUUUUUCUAUUUAUAUAUACAACAAUAUUAUACAUUUAAAUGGUGUAUGGGCUAAGCGAUGCAGUGUAUAUUUAUAUAUAAAAUGAUAUUUUAUAUCCUAGUUGAACCCUUUCGAAACACA